AGAGUCAUCAAAUUUACUUACAACCUAUAAAGAUAAUUUAAAUUUCGAGUUAGAACAAAUGGAGACUAACAUCAGCAAAAAUUCGGCUAGUGUGUGCAUUAAAAAAAUUUGCGAUGUCGGUGAAAGUAUGGUAAACGAAAUUGAGCGCGAGCGCAAAUCAUUGUUAGAGCUGGAAGGGAAUGCUGAACGACUCGCUCGUCAAUUGGGUUGGCAAUAUGAGGCUUAUCAGCGAAGAACACAACAAUUUGAAUGUUUUAAACGAAACGUCGAAACCCUUCUACGCGUGUUAAGUGAUGUCAAUCUACUGGAAGAAGUUCAAAUCGAUACAGAAAAUAAGAUCCAGCAGCUUCAACAAACGUCCAAUUCCAUAACUAAGCACAAUUGGCGUAAUUUUAUCAACGAAACAACAGAAAACUUAUUAAAAGAUCUUUCCUCACUGUCAGACUUGUAAUACAUGUAUCUAAUUUUUUAAUUUUUUCUCAU